AAUACACGUACUGUCUAAAACCCUAAUUCCCAUCUCCUUCCUUCCUCCUUCUUCUUCUAUCAGCCGCUUCCUCCUUCUUCCAGUCCUUUCUCCGACGCGGCAACAACAACCACCACCACCACCGCAACCUAUCAAACCGCCACAAAAUGGGUGGAAAGAAGAAAUUCAUCGACAAAAAAAACUCCGUCACCUUCCAUCUCAUGGCACGUGACUCAACCGACCCAGUAUACACAGAAUCCGACCGUGUUUUCGUCCGCGUCGACAACAAUCCACUCUCUGCGGACUCCAUCUUCGCCGAUUCACCCGAUGACCCCGACGCCGAAUUCGACACCGAAUACGCCCAAGACAGUGGAAUUUUAUCAGAUGAAGUGAGGAAGGAGAUACUUGAAUUAGGGUUUCCUGACGAUGGUUAUAAUUACUUGACUCAUUUGAGGGAAAUUAAGAAUUCUGGUGGUGGUUCUAAUUUCUUUACUAAUCCUAAGUUUAAGCUUGAGCAUGUUAAUGAUGUUAAGGCUUAUGAUGCUUCGAGAGUGCGAGUUAAAGAGGUGGAUGAAGAGCCUGAAGAAAACAUUUUGUACAAUGUUGCAUCCAGUACUGCCAAUGUCAGGGUUCAGAAAGCUGUUGAUCCUGAGGUGGCUGCAUUGCUAGAUGACAGUGAUGCGUCACGGUUUGGCUCUGAUGUUGAAGAUUUGGAGGAAGACUUUGUUGUCAAAGCUAACCUCUGUGAAGACGUAGAUGAUGAAGAGGAGGUACACGUGCGUAAUGGAAUGAACUUCACUGAGGAGUCUAUGAAUAGGACCUUAAACAAUGCGCACAUAUUGCAAGGUUCUGCUUAUGCCACUGUUGCCGAUGAUUGUGGACCUUCAGAUGGGGGUUCAAAUGGUGCAACAGGUGUGUACUCUGCUGGUGAGAAGCCAAGACCUCGUCGUCUGUUAGACGAACAAUUUGAUUUGCUUGAACGUCAAGAGUAUGGAACUGAUGAUAACAGUGAUUAUGGUGAUGAUUAUUAUGGUGAUUAUGAAGAAAAUUAUCAAGCUGAAGAUGAAUCACUUGCCGAGAAGCUCAAACUCUCUCUUGGAACCCGUAAGGUGGAAGACCUAGAACAUGAACAGAAGGGCCAGUACAAGGUUCCUGCAGAAGGUGAAGAGGAGAAGGAUUCUGCUGCCGAUGUGAUUCGCCGUUGCAAGGAAUAUGGUGAGAAGUAUGAAGUUGAAGUUGAAGACAAAGAUGCUGUAAUUUUUGAAGAAAGUAGCGAUGAAUCAGAAGUUUGGGAUUGUGAGACUAUUGUUUCAACUUACACAAAUUUAGAUAACCACCCUGGAAAGAUUGAAACACCUUGGGCAACUAGGAAAAAGAAAUUGACUGAAACUGUGACUGCAGCCUUUAGUUCCGCAAGUCCAAUAAUUUCCCUAAGUGGAAAAGCAAAACUUCCUGUAGACUUGCCUGGUGGUAGAAAACCUGCUGCUGAUAAGGUUAAAGACGCGACCACUGAAAAAACUGAACAGUACAAGAGAAAACAACAUGGUCUAGAGUCGAAGGAGGAGAAGAAAGAGAGAAAGGCUGCUGUGAAAGAGGAACGCCGUGAAGCACGUCGCACUAAAAAAGAAAUGAAGGAGCUUUAUAAAUGUGAAGCAAGUCGGGCACAAAGAGUUGCAGCUGGAUCUGGUGCUUCAUCCUAUCAUCUUAUGUAAGUUAACAUUCACAAGCACCAGCUAUACUCGUUACUCAUGUGUCUGCCAUAGCACUACAAUGAAGCUUGCAAGGUUCUAUGAUGUUUUCAUACAUCAGUACGAAGUUUUGUCACAUAAUACACAUGACUUUUGUGUGUCUUCUGUCCAUCCUAGAAAGUAGACAAAUGUUUUGAUGUCAUUAUUUAUUGGUUAUAUGUAAGGAUAAACAAAUAACAUUAUUCUGUUUUCUCAGAAUGAAGUUUUGAGUGACCUUUUUUUGUAGAAGUACGGCAAUCAUAUUAAUUAUGCACUAUGAUGCACAUUAUACAGUUGUAUUUUUUAUAUAUUUUUGGGCUCAGUAUUUUGCUAGUUAGUAGUUACAUUUACUGAAUAAAGUUAAUGAUUAUGUUUUAUGCAUAUUGCCCUGUACACCUGUACGAUGAAAUUAUAUUACGAUGGAUUGCAUUUUGAACAA